CUCUAGGAUUUAUCCCUCCGGAAUUCUAUGGCGGUUCAACAUGCCGCCGGUGAACACAAGAUGAACACGCCCGGAAAUGAAGAUGGUGGCGUAGCGACCGAUCUCCACGUCGCCCUGCAAAAUGAGGCGCUUGAAAACCAGGUGCAAGCGUUUCAAGAAGCCCUCGAAGUCAAGGAAGAACGGUUGAGAACAAUCACGGGGAUGUUGACGGCGACACGAAAAGAGUUGGAGCGCGCGAAAAAAAGCGCCAAGUUUGACCUUGUCGCCGCGGAGGGUCGGACGAAAAAGCUUGGGAUUCUUGAGCAUACCGUUGCAACUCUCCACCACGAUCUCCAAACUAAUGUGGAGCGUAGGUGGCUAGAAUCUGAAAAGAGGGCACAAGUUCUUGAGGAAAAGGUAGAACAGAAAAUACAUGAGCUUGAAUCCCAGUCCCGAGUCAACGCUGCACAGGCAGGUGAAAUCGAGGCCCAAGCGGCUGAGAUCGAGUUCCAUCGGAAAGAGAUUUUGGACUUGAAACAAGAAGGGGAAAUAUCGACGGGACGCAGCACUGCCACAGACCUGAGACGCGAGUUGUCGCGCGUGAGAAGGGAAUUUAUUAUGAGCACGUCCAACCGAAGCGAGCAACAAAGCGCGUUGCUCGGCAGCCGCAGGAAGGGGAUCUCUAGCCAAAGACGGCGUCAUCCUGACAGGGAUUCAUCGACGAAAGAGUUGGUGGCCGGUGGUGGACACGACCUUUGUCGCAAAGAAAACUCGCGUGCCCUGCAGAAAGCUCGCGUUUCGUGGGAUAACGUGUUCAUGACAAAAGAAGACCAAUCCGCCGAGACCGUAAGCGACCAUCGCAGCAACAGUGGUUUGAACAAAAGUAACGCCCGAGAAAUCGAGAAGCCAAUCUUUCGGCACGUUUCACACUCAAGUCCUCCAGUCGGCCGUGACAACACUACUUCUUCUGCCGACGCCAACCUCGAUGGCACUGGGCGGAAAGAACAAGCCCUGCAGCAGUCCAGACGUGGACACAAACCAAUCCCUCCCGGUUCGACCCUCCUCGUGGCGGGAUCACUCUUCAUCGGAAACGGACUCGGGGUGAAAAAGGCACCGACUGCGUUUUCGGGAGGAUCAGCCAAGGACAUGCUGAAAAACAUAAUGGAGGGCCAUGCACUGCAGGAAGCAGAUAAAACAUAAAAAAACAUGAGUGUCACGGCUCCGCGCGGC